AUGACCCUUCCUCCCCCGGAGGCUGGUCCUUCUCGUCCAUCGCGUUUUUUCCCGAAACCGUUCAACAUAGCUCAAUACCAACCUCCCCAUAUCCCAUUCUCUUCCCCUGCACCUCGUUCGUCAACCCUUAUCAGACCGUCAGCUCCUCCUCCAGCACGUUUCUCAUCACCUGCAAUACUACCACAACGUUUUCGAUCCGUCUCGGUCUUUUCCAACAAUGACGAUGUCGAAUUAGGUCGUCAACGACAUGCCUCCGUUCAACGUCUUCGAACUACAUGGGAACAAUUGUAUGAUAAAUAUGGAAAGAUACGACCGGAGGAAGAUGACGAAAUACAUUUACGUACGGGUAGGAUCACAAAGAAUAGGGGUAGAUUGAAUCAGAUACAAGCGAGAGAUUUUGGUGAGAUAAGUGAUACGGAAGAACAAGAUCAACAAGAACCUCAAAGACCACAAACACCUGAUCCUGAUGAAGAUGAAUUAGGAGGGUGGGAUUUUGAUUGGGGAGAUGAUGAAGGAGAAGUUGUACCUCCUCCUUGGACUAGAGAGGAUGAAGAAGAUCUUGCUGCUUUUCUUAGAGCAGAGGCACAGAGGGUGGCUAUGCAAGGUCCUGUAGAUACGGAAAGAGAAUCUAGUAGGGAGAGUAGUGAAGAUAGUGAGGGAGUGGAGUGGAGGAUGAGAAGAGGGACUACUAUUUCUAGGGAUUUAUUGGAACAUUUUCCAAAUGCUCUCACGGAUGACUCGGAGGAUGAGUUGGCUCAUGGAUUGAAUGAAGAGUUUGUGAAAUUGGAUCAUGGUAACAAGAAACAUGAUAAUCCUGUUAUCAACACGGUAUCCCCUAUACCUGGGCAAACCACACAACAAAUCGCAGCUGACAGACGAAAAUCGCUCCCACCUCUCAAGAAGGAUGUCUUUCCAAGACCAAUUGACUUACCACACUCUGUCUCCGCUCCUACCUUACGAGACUUAUUCACACCUCCUCCUGAUUCAUCAGCCCCGUCUCCCGCUCUUCCUUCUCCUGCUGGUGGACGCUCUGAUGUCGAGGUCAUCCCACGCCAUGUACGACCAUCAUCGGCGCGAAGAUCUCGUAGUUACACGAACAAUUCCCAUCCAGAACCGGUCCAAAAAACUGUCCACACGCAGAAGGAUGUCUCGGGAAUCGACGAUGGCCCUUCGACUGACACUUUCCCAUUCUCGGGACCCGCUCCCACUACGUCCGUGUCCAGACGCGUACCAGUUGUUGAAAUCAUUCAGACGAGGAGAAAAGGUAUCAACACCACAGCCCAUGCACAAGGUGCAUCUCGGUCUAGCAUGAAGGCUCCCUCUGAGACGAUCUCAAAUCAGGAAGCUUAUCACCAGUUGAACAAGACGGAAGAGAUCAGACGGAAACCUGAAGAACGACCACCUUCUCCACUUGAUCCCGCGUACUACCAAAGCCGGCUGAUACAUCGGAAACAUGGGUCGUUGUGGCAAUGUCGGUCUUGUCUGUUGGCCGGAGGAGAACGCUUCAGAUACGCGAACUUUUGCAAGGGUCGACAAUCGGAGGACAGGUGCAGAUUUGCCCAUCCAGAUCUCCUCACUUCAUCUCUUCCGCGAUCCCAUGAGACGUCAUCUCGACGUUCAACAGAAAAGCGUCAUGUUGCACAAUCAGAAAGAGAAACGCGAUCUGAUGAAGGAGACGAUGAAACAGGUGACGAGGCUUCGACCGAUGAUGAUCUCGCGUCUAUCAAUUCCUGGAGUUUCCAAGCACAUUCGACGUGGCGCUCUGAAUCUCAACCUCACAAGGCAAGCACGAAGCAGAAGCAGACCAAGUCAGAUCUCGAUCCAAGACGUUACCAUCCAACUCUUUUGAUAAACGCUAAGGAGAGAGUCAUACGUGUCUGUGAAUUGUGUCGUUCGGCCGGUGGAGAGAGGGAGAAAUCGGCAGGAUAUUGCAGAGGACGUUAUUGGUCUAGUAAGUGUACGUUCGGAGUAGAUGACGAAAGUGGUGAGAGCGAAGGAGAGGGAUACGAUGCGGACCGAUCAUUUAUUCCAAACACGACGAGAUCGAGGACUGUACCACCUAAACAAAAACAAACUAGAACUUCACUUCAUAAAGCCGAUAAUUCUUCAUCAACUGAAGUGCAAUCAAGUAUGGGUAGAGCGUCAACGGUAGUACCAUCUGCGAGAUCGAAAGUGAUGACAAGAACUAAGAUGGGCGUGCAUGUGUCUGAUCGGAAGUCCGAGGUACUGUCAACGAAUACGAGAGUACGUUCUGAACCUGCCAACGAAAAACACACCAUCACUACUUCUGGAAUAUCAUCUUUUCCUAUGUCGAAGAACACCGUAUCAACCCGUCGAAAGAUUCACAACUCAGUAUCCGCCAAAGGAUCCGAUUCUGAUCGUCCUCCACAGUCUUUAGUCUCCAAUAGAAGACCACCUGUCCAAUCAUCGAAUGAUGAACUGUCAACCCCGAGUCGGGAUCUACCAUCAACCAACCAGAUCAUCCCUCAUAGACCUCGUAAACGCCCUAUCGGAUUAUCAUCACUUUCCAUGUCUAACCCAAUCCAAAGUCUUCCUUCACCUCCAAGAUCUUCAUUACCACCUGAUCAAACAUCCAUCACUUCAAAAUCUUCAUUACCACCUUCUUCACCUCCUAUACGUAUGAACCUCGGUCGACCUACGCCCUCACCUUCUGUCCCCAUAUCUUCCUCCCCUUCCAUUCUUCCUAUAUCUUCCACAUCUUUUCCUAUAUCUUCCCUUUCCUCCUCUUUACCUAUAUCUUCUCCACCUCUGUCAUCCCCACUCAAACGACAUCAUCCAUCCUCUGUCUUCCGUCUUACUCCUCAUCGAUCUUCUUCCCUAUCUGAUAAAUUACCUCUUCGAAGUAUCUUACGUCUACCAUCGGAGAUAACCCAUUCAUCACCAAAGAAAGCGAGAUUUUCUUUAAUUCCUCGAUCUCCCCAGAAGAUGUACACAUCUUCUGAUAUUGUUGAUGAAGAAGAAGAGGAGUCAAGUGAAGAUGAAUUAUUACUUGGUCCUUCUCAUUUGAAAAGAGGAAAAUCUGUUCCUAGUAGUAGUUCAACCUUCAAGUCGGAUACUCAUGUUAGGAAUAUGAGAUAUGAUACAUACGAUGGAGAUGAUAAGUAUGGGAAUUCUAGGGAUAAUGAAGAUGUUUUCUCUUCACCUGUUCCUAUGGCUUUCUCAAAAGAGAUAUCGGUAAGAGCUGCAGAUAUUGGAUUAAGAUUAGGUCCAGGUCCAACAGGAAGAUUAUCAAGAGGUAUGGUAGCUGCUCUUGCACCUGCUUUAGGAACAUUCAGAUCAUCUUCAAAUCUCUCAAAUCUCACAAUCAGUCACAAUCACAAUCACAAUCCCAAUAUCCUUCCUUCCACAUUCAUGGAACUUUCUGCCUCGAAGCAAGCAAACAUCGGUGCAGAAACAAAUAGGACGAGUAAUUCAGAAUCGGUUCGAAAUUGGAAAAUUCAUCAAGAUGGAAAGGAAUCCAAUCAAGAAGAUUAUAUCAUUUCAUCAAAUAUGACUCAAGUAUUACCAACUCCACCAAGAAGUACAGGUAGUACAACAUCUAAUUCUUCUAAACCGAAUGAAGGUUUAAUGUUACCACCACCUUUACCGAUCAGAACGAAAUUACCUACACCUUGUUCUCCCGUCCCUAUGAACCCGUCUACAUCGAUACCUCGAAGAGUUGGAUCGAUUCCUAUAUCAAAAUCGCCCAAUUCAUCCGAAAAGAACUUCAUAUCCACUUCCAAAUGGCCCAAUACAAUGCCACUCGACAGGAUGGCAACUACAGACAAUGAGGGUUCGCACAAGUACAUCGGUGGAACCCCGAGACGGAGGGAGAAAGAUGAGAAGGGUGAUGGUGCAGUUUCGUACCAGAGAGGCAGUCACGAGGCUAAGAGUAUCAAAGGGAAGAACAAGGAGUCGACAAGUGAAAAAGGGGAGAAAGAAGAAGAAGAAGAAGACGAAGAGAUCAAAAUAAUCACUCUUAUUCCUCAAAUCAGAUCUAGAUCAAAAAGUAUAUCAAAUUUCGUCUCUAUCAAACCCACCACACCUAAUACUUUACCUCGUCCACUUAGACACCCAAGGAACUCGAACGAAUUCAAUAUUACUCCAAAAGGGGGAGAAUCGAACGAUAUGAGGAUAAGGGAAAGUAGUAGUUUAACAGAUUUGAGAAUUGUCAGAGAUGGCAGAUCUAGAUCUAAAUCUAUAGGAAUAGGGAUGGGGACGAUAAAACGUACGAAAGCGGAACUUGAUUUAGCUAGAAUCGUUAGGACCACAGGUGAUGAUGAAGGUUUAGAAUGGGGUUUAGAUGAAGAUGUUGGUCAAGGUUGUGCUAGGUUAUGGAGAGAAGGUAGUGUUAAAUUUAUUUUGUAA